AGCCAAUGACAUGGCGCAGGGGGUAGGACGAGGGGCAAGGCUCCCCCUCUGAGGUGCGGCGGUGGGAGCAUAUAGGGUCGGGGUGCAGCGGUGAGUGCAGGGCACCGGGAUCGGGAUUCUCAUCCUCCAUCCCGAUCAGACCCAGCAGGGCCACAGCCCCUGGACACCUUGCUCUGCACAGGUGACAUCCCUGCCAGAGCAUAGGGAGUGCUGGGACGUAGCUUGCAGGGCUGGAGCCACGGGAGGGGGCAGGGGCAGCUAUGCUCAGUGAAGGGAUGCAGGAAAUGGAGGUCAUCAGCACAAUGCUGCUGAAAGUGAUGGCAUCUGGGCGUGUGGAGGCCCAACUGCACCACAGCCUUGAGCAACAGGAGCGGGUGCUGGAUGAACUCCUGGACACGCAGGCCACUGCUGCCCAGCUUGUGAGAGACCUCAUGGUCACGGAGGAGAAAGUAGCCCAUCAGCUUCUGGCCAAAGAGGAGGAGUUGCAGCGCUGCCUCCAGCGGGUCCAGGCUCUGGAAGCCGAUGCACAGGCAGCCACUGAGGAGGGCACAAGGCUGCAAGCCAGCAUGGCAGCACUGUGCAUGGAGCUGGAGCAGCUGCGGGAGGAGAUGCAGCGCCUGGACCAGGAUGUGCAGGAGGAUGCCAGUGCUGUCCCACCAGCCACGUACACAGCCCAGCUGUACUAUAAGAUCAGCCGCAUCGACUGGGACUAUGAGUGUGGCCCUGUGCAGGUUAAGGGCAUUCAUUACGGUCCAGCCAUCGCACAGCCUAUCAGUAUUGACAGCAGCCAGCACUCGCGCAGCUUCGUCGCCGACUACCUGUGGAGCCUGGUGGACACAGCCUGGGAUGGGACAGGUGUGGGGAGGGCUGGGGGUCACAGUGCCCCCCAAGGGCUACCCCUUGCCAGUGCAAGUGGCUCAGGCUAAUUGCAAAGGGGUUUAUUGGUGUCAUGGUGAAAAUCAGAUCAUUAAACAGCCAGGUCCAGUCCCACAGCCUCAUGCCUCUUGGGAGCUGGGGGGGCAUCCUGGGGACUUCCAGGCCCUGAGAAAGGAAAGAGGCCAUGUUCCCCAGCAUCCUGGUUUGUGCCUGGGGGUGCUCAGUCUGGUCCAUG